AUGAAACAAUCCAAGAAGGAAGACCCCAAACCUUCAGUCAAGUUCAUUGUCAACCCCAAAAGCGAAACUGAACCUAAAGGCAAAGAAAAGCCUUUCAAUGAAGAGCCAAUUAUCGAUAACAAUUCGCAGUUGGACCUUCCGAUCACUCUGAAAGCCUUCAGGUUUCGCAGCUUUGUGAAAGUAGUGAAUGUCCAACCAACAACAGAUAGUGGUGCAAACCCCUUACUUUUCUCGUUUUAUCUUAAACAUAUAAAGCCACAGUACAAGACAUGGAGUGCGAGCAAGAUUACGGCUAUGAAGGUCAUUGGUCCAAUUGAAACCGACAGGUUCCCAAAUGUGAAGUUCAAGGUUGCGAGAGGUUCAUCCAUUCAGGUCCACGAAUUCACCCUCGCUGAUCUACCAUACCUUAACCCUUAUUACUAG